UAGCCUCCUCUGCCUGGCUUGUUUCAGUCUUCGCCGAAGCAACGCCGGGAGGCGGAACGAGAGGUGCCGCUUCAGCGCUUAACGGUCUCCAGAUUACUACGGUCGCCCGCCCGCCAGCCGUGAAAAUGUCGCUGUAUCCUUCUCUGGAAGACCUGAAGGUAGACAAAGUAAUUCAGGCUCAGACAUCCUUUGCCUCAAACCCAGCUAACCCAGCAAUUCUAUCUGAAGCUUCAGCACCGAUCUUACAAGAUGGAAAUUUAUACCCUAAAUUGUAUCCUGAACUUUCCCAGUAUAUGGGUAUAAGUUUGAAUGAUGAGGAAAUUCAGAGAAACCUGGCAAUGGUUCCUGCAGCAAAUUCACAGGGGCUUGUUGCAAGACCUGCAUCAGAUUACAUGGUAGCUCCAGUAACUGGAAAUGAUGUUGGAAUUCGUCGAGCAGAAAUUAAACAAGGGAUCCGUGAACUGAUCUUGUGUAAAGAUCAGGAUGGAAAAAUUGGUCUUCGUCUUAAGUCAGUGGACAAUGGUGUAUUUGCUCAGCUGGUUCAGGCAAACUCCCCGGCCUCACUGGCUGGCCUGCGAUUUGGAGACCAGGUUCUCCAAAUCAAUGGUGAAAAUUGUGCUGGAUGGACUUCUGAUAAAGCUCAUAAAAUUCUGAAGCAAGCUCCUGGGGGAAGAAUUUCCAUGAUUAUCCGAGACAGGCCUUUUGAACGGACUAUUACCACGCACAAGGACAGCACAGGACAUGUUGGCUUUAUUUUCAAAAAUGGAAAAAUAACUUCAAUAGUAAAGGAUAGUUCUGCUGCAAGAAAUGGACUUCUUACUGAACACAACAUUUGUGAAAUUAAUGGACAGAAUGUAAUUGGCCUGAAGGAUUCUCAAAUUGCGGACAUAUUAUCAACAGCUGGAAAUGUAGUGACCAUUACUAUCAUGCCUUCCCAGAUCUUUGAACACAUAAUAAAAAGGAUGGCUUCAAGUAUUAUGAAAAGCUUGAUGGAUCAUACUAUUCCUGAAGUCUAAAAUUUAUUUUGGAUGCAUUUGUAAUUGAGACACUGAUAAACCUGGGCUACUACAUCUCUGCAAUAUUUACAUUCUGCACAUGAGCCUUUCUUUGACAUAAAAUGUUGCAUUGAGCAUUUAUAUAACAUUAUGGCUGGGAAUGACACAUUUCAACAUAAAACCUUGCUCAAAUUUUCCAUUUUGUAUUCAUCAUACUACUUUGACAAAACAUAUGCUUCUUUCAUAGGGUUGUACUAUGUAGGUCAGGAAAAUUUCUGUCAUUAAAAAUGGAAGAAAACUAAUGUUUGUGAAAGCGUCUAGUAUUUGCUUUCUUUGAUCCAGACAUACUGUUGCUCUUCGUACUUUUUCAGAUUCAGUUUUGUACUGCAUCUAUCAGUGAGAAUAUAACUUAGUGUUAACUGAUUUUAGUAAUCUUGUUUACAGAAAGCAUGCUGGUUAAACUGAGCAUAGCUUGUAUUUAUCAUUCCAUAACUAUUUUAAAAUAAUGUUUGUCAUCUUGCUGUCUUAUAAAAUCGUUCUAAUAUGCUUAUAUUGUGUUGCCUUAAUCUUAAAACUGAAAUAAAGUUGCAAAUAUAUUCACUUUCUAAA